AUGGCCCCUCUUAUUAGUCCAGCCAUCAGCAUUUUGGCUGUGCUAGCACUUACUGUCAUGCUGAGCGUCGCUUUGACAGCUCUCUUCCUUUGGACAUGGAACACGGGAGACCACGAUAAUAACGAAGCCGUCGCCGACGACGCAACGAACAUCGUCCGUGCGACUUUUGCGGCGCUGGCCAGAGAUCCAGGAGCGAAGUCUGCGUCUUUCCGCGUGGUGAAUGGCGUCGUGGUGCAUCGAGAUUCUACGGCUGGUGUUCCAAAUGGUGGAGACGGACCUGCGAAUGGGGUUCGGUCGGAAGAAGUGGGUUCAGGGAGCCAGGAUGAUUCGGGGACGCACGGACGAGAAAUGGAGUCUUGGCCGGAGCUUUUUCACGCUGGGGGCAAAGAUUCUACAAGCUCCAACUCCAGGAAGGGAAACGCGGUCGUCGAGGGGCUUGGCGGAUUCUGGGUAUCGGUUCGGAGCUUAGAGGGUCCGUAA